AUUCUGCGACUGACGCUUCAGUGUCGCUAUUCUAAUGAGAGCCUUCCUGGAAGAGGUUUCCGAGAAUUUUUAAGGCAUCAGACUUGAGGAUGUGAAGAGGAGGGGUUUGGGGAGUCUGGUUUCUCUCUCUACACACGCACACACAAAUCUCAGGACCCAGCAGCAUGCAGCGGUAUAGACUGCUUUUGUAUUGUGCUAGAUUCUUCGCAGCAGUUGCGUUGAUCUUCUACUUCGCAUCUUCGUGCACCAAUUACUGGCUUCACGCUGUAACAUGUCAGACCGUGAACGACACGCUGGAAGAUGAAAACCUCCGGGUUGGUGAGAUUCAGGAAGUUGGUGGGUUGCAAGGUUCACCUAAGAUUCUGACCGAAUCUGUUGACAACACAACUGACCUGAGAUCUGGCAUAGUGUCAACCUUUCCCAUGCAGACUUCCAGUGGAAGCACCAAAUCAAGUCGAAUGGAACCAGUGUUGCCUAGAAAUAGAAUCGUUCAGUAUUGGAAGCGCACUAAGAAAUUUGUUCGCCCUUCGACACGCAGAGGUGUUUACACACUUCUUGCGUUGAAGGAUCGCUGGGUAAAUUACCAUCAUGAGGGUUUCUUCUGGAGAUGUUCAUUUAGUGACAAGGAGGAAAAGAAUCAACAUGCAGUAUUCAUUUACAUUUACCAACCACCUGUAAAAUGCUGUACACAUGCCUUUUAUUCCCCAUUUCCAAAGAGUGAAGGGAAAACUACUGAAGGAUUUGAAUCCUCAAUCACUUACCGUAAACUGUGGAGUGGACUGAUGUUCUUCGGAGUAAUAUUUGUAACAAUUGGAUUUCUCUGCAUCAUCUACUAUGCAUGCUGUCAGAAUGACAACAUGUAUAAAACAACUGGAGUAGUAUUCUUGAUUGCUGGUGUGUCUUUCACCGUGUCAAUUAUCAUGUACGCCCUUUGGAUUUCAGCGGUAUCUCAGAUGAUUGCGGGAGACAUUGUUAAUUGCACUUCCACUACAACCAACUUGAAGUUUGGUGUAAAUUAUGGCUGGUCUUUUAUGGCAGCUCCUUUUGCAGUAUUGUUCUCUUUAAUUUCUGGCUUACUUUUCAUUAAAAUCGCAGGUAUGAACUGCAAGAGAAGUGAUUUGAUUUAAGCAUUACGCAUUAAAAUAUAUUAAAAUAUAACAACAUUGAGACAUUAUAAUUUGAAGACCCCUUAUAUUAAUGAAUUUAAUUUCCGAUGGUAAUUUUAAACUGCAUCCUCACAUUAUGAAUUUCCUACUGCGUCCAUAACCUUUCAUCUUUUAUGAAAGGUUUGCACUCUUAGAAACUGCUGUUAUUUCAUAAAUAUAAAAGACUGGGCAAUAUGCAAAUACUGUUUUGAUGCUGCACUUUCCUACAUGCAAAGAGUGGCACACUAUUUCUUAUAGUGACAAUUCGACUUAUAAAUUGAUAAGGGACUCUGCAAAGGGUUUGUAACAAGUUUCCAAAAGAAUGUUGCUUUUAAAUAAUCAAAACCGCAAGGUAAUUUCGAACUAAUUUUCUGUUACAAUCAUCAGUUAGUUUAAAACUGAGCUAUUGCUGGUCUCAGGUGACAAAUCCUCUUUGGUUUCCUAUGAUUUGCAUUGAUGUUGAUUGAAGAUCUGGCCCUCUGACUUAGAGCGUUUUUGGCUACUACUUACACCACUGGACAAAAUGCUGGUGCAAGGAAGCAGGCAGGUCCAAGGCUCUACCUUUGAAUCUUUAACAUAUUUCACACGUUUUGUUAUACUUCAAAUUCUCCAAGUACACUUAAGGUAUUUUUAUUUGCUUUACCAAUGUCGAAAUCCAUCUGGCCACUCUUUAACUAAUCCAAUCAUGUUAUACAUUUGGUCAGAAAAUAUGUUAACUCUGUAGUAUGAUAUAGUUCCAUUCCAUUGACCCACAGUUCAUCUUUCACAUUGUUAUUAUGGUCACUGUUCUGUGAUUAGCCAAUAUAUUGAACUUUACAUAGAAAUUAGAGGUUCAACAAUUAAUACAAACAUGAUAUUAAACUUACCUAAGAAUCUAAGUUGUAUACAUGGAUAUGGUCAAGCAAAAUGCUACUCUAUUAAAGUGAAAAUUAUGAAUCAAACUUUCAUAAAUUUAAGAUUCAGCUUUAAUUGUAUUCAUAAUUAUAAACAUCUAAUGUAGUAAUUUUGCAGAUGAUUCGAAGAUUGCUGGUGUUGUGGAUAGCUUAGAAGAUUGGAAGGGAAUACAGAGGGAUUUAGAUCAGUUGCAAAUAUGGGCAGAAAAAUGGCAGAUGGAGUUUAACCCAGCCAAAUAUGAAGUGUUGCUCCUUGGUAGGUCAAAUGUAACCAGGCAGUACAUCACUAAAAGUAAAGACCUUUAGCAUUGUUGAUGAACAGAGGAAUCUUUGGGUUCAAGUUCAUAGCUCCCUGAAAGUGGCUGCACAAGGUUAACAGGGUGGUUAAGAAGUCACAUGGCAUGCUUGCCUUUAUUAGUCGCGGCAUUGAGUUCAAAAGUCAGGAAGUUACCUUGAGGUGUUACAAAAUUUUAGUUAGGCCGCAUCUGAAGUAUUGCACACAGUCCUGGUUGCCUCAUUAUAGGAAUGAUGUCAAGGCUUUGGAGAGAAUGCAGAAGAGAUAUAGCAGGACCUUUCUUAGAUUAAAGGGCAUGUGCUAUAACAAGAGGGUCAUUUUCUCUGGAGUGCCAGAGACUGGCAGGGGGUGGGGGAGACCGGAUAAAGGUUUAUAAGAUUAUGAGAGGCAUAGAUAGAGUAGACAGACAAUAUCUUUUUCCAACAGUUGAAAUGCCAAAUUUCCGAGGGCAUAUAUUGAAGGUGAGGGGGGGUAAUUUCAAAAGAGAUGUGAGGGGCAAGUUUUUUUCACCGAGAGUAGUGGGUGUCUGGAAUAUGCUGCCUGGGUGAUGGUAGAGGCUGAUACAUUACAGACUUUUAAGAGGCAUGUAUAUUGGUACAUGAAUGUGAGGAAAAUUUAAGGAUAUGGACAUUGUGUAGUCAGAAGAGAUACAUUUAGUUAGCCAUUUGAUACUAAUUUAAUUGGUUCAGCACUACACUGUGGGCUGAAAGGCCUGUUCCUGUACGGUACUAUUCUACGUUAAAUCAGUGUGUCAGAAAAAUACAUCAUAUGAAAUUCUGAAUGCAUGUUUGAUUCUUUUAUAAUAUGAUAAUCAUCAAUUUAAAAAUUUACUGCCAAGUGCUUAUUUCGUAUUAUAGAAUAAUAAAAAUUAGAGGUCCUAAUGCAUUUCACAAUGAAGACUACAACUGUAUAGUGCACAGAAUUCAACUUAUUUUCUCGGAUGCAAUUCAUAAAUCCAGACAGUGCAUUCAGUCAGUUGGCUCGGAUGCCUUUUGAUGAGGUAUCCAGUUAUACCCAUUGUCGGAACUCCCUCACUCAACCCAAACACCUCAACACACUGAGAUGCUUUUCAAAACUCUCUGUUCUUCCCAUCCUUACACUGUCCAACCUCAGCCACUCGUUGCCCCUUGCCAAGCAAAUUACCCCCUUUAUAUGCCAUUACCUAUGAAAUCUUCCUUUACACCCCCUGGGAGUACAUUUAAUAUUCAGAUAUGUUGUUUAAUAUGAAUUAGUUUCAGGUAAAAUUGUAUUAUAACUGGCUUUGUUAUGAUGUAAACUGUAACUGCAGAGAACAAUAAGAAAGUUUUGCCAAAAGAGCCAUGAGGUAUGCUAGUUUGAAGUCUGGAUCUGAUAAAAUUCCUGUUGAACAACAAGGAUAUCCGUAGGAUAUAUCUCUACAUGAUUACAAGGGUAGACAGAGUAAACAAAGGAAAACCAUGGAUAUGCAAAAAGUAAAACUGAAUUCUGAGUGACUUUUCAGAUAUAACACAGCAAUGUGGGGAUCUACAUGGUGAACCAUCGGGUCAUGGGUGAGAAAAGGUGAUCUUAAACUGAUCAUUUUCAGUGAUAAUGAUCUAUAAUCUUAUGGAGAACCACUGUAGAUCUGAAAAGGAUAAAAGCAGGAAGCAAUGGAACAUUAUUUGCAUAUCUAGAGGAGGUGGAUAGAUACAUAUUAAUAGACCUUGGAUAUAGCAGAGACAAAUUUCGCAAUUUGCCAACUGCCUUUACUGAGGAACAGCUUUGUAUUUUUCUGGUAUGAAAUAUAUGACUCACUUAAGAACUUGAGUCAGACUUGGUCAAAGAUCCAAAAUGAGAUAUGAUGGGGUAUAUUCUUUCACCAUAGUUAUUGCAUACAAUAGAGGAAACUAUUCCCUCAGUAUUGUUGCCUAUGUAUUUUCAAAACAUGUAAUUUUCUGCAUUAAAAGAAAUUUUCCUUCCUUCCUAAAAUUUCAUUUGACAUUUAUCUUCAAAGUAGGUUCAGAAAAGAAGCAAGUAACAAUCAAAAUGAAAGUCUCUACAUCUAAGUUUAAGAAAAGUUGUUUUUUUAAUGUGAUUGGUUGGUGUGCAUAGAAGGUUAAUGUAUCUGGCACAAAUAUAUACAUCAGAACUCUGCUGAAGAAGACUACAUUUUCCAGAUUUAUACAUUUUAUUUUCCAGUUCUAACAUUUCAUUGCACUGCUGCAUUCCUCCUAUGAAUAGCAAAACUAAAUGCAAACCACGAGACCAACAUGAAUUCAUCCAUUGCUUUUGGGCUGCUAAUUGAGCCCAGCAUCAGGACCCUACUCCUGUAUCACCCUCUCCAACAAGUACAACCCAUCCCCCAACCCCCUAUAUCCAUGCUUGGCUCUUCAAUUUAGGUCAAUUUUUUUAGUGCUUUUAAUUGUGCUUGGUGGAUUUUGGUAAAAUAGGCAGUUUUUAUUAUCCCUUGAACGUAUAUAAUUCAUUAUUGAAUAGUUAUCUAUGUGUGAAGCAGUGUUCUGGAAUAUAACCACCAGAGUUUGAAGUUUUAUUUUUGUGAGUUUCUGUAUUUUCUUUCCAGAAUUUUAACAACCUUGAAUUAUUUCAGGAGCAUUUUUCUUUUGGAAUAUGCAUUUCCAUGAUACAAAAUUUCACCCCACAUCUCAUCAUAGAAAUGGUGGCACUGCUUUUCUGAAAGAGAUAUGUAUUUUUGUAUAUGUUCUAUAUCAAUCCAUGAAAAGGAAAUUUGAAGUACUCUAAAUAUGAUUUCAUAGUUCAGAUAUUUUGUAUUAUCUAUAUUUUGAGCUUUAUGAAAAUGAAACCAUUUAACUGAUAUUAUUUGUAUCAGACUGUAACUAUAAUCAUGUUCAACAAAAUAAGGCUGUAAGCUGUUAAUGGAAUAAUAGUUAAGUCUCAGUAGAGAAUUCAAUGCUUCUAUAAGUACAGGAACAUUUGGACUUUGUAUACACUUGUAUUUUAAAAGUUUAAUGUUUUUAUAAUUAAAAUAUGUUUAUAUCAUUAAAUCAUUA